UCAGCCAAGAUGUUCAACUACGCCGGCUGGAAAAACACCUGCAACAGUAUCUUCAUCUUGUUUGCGGUCAUCUUCAUCAUCACCCGCUUGAUCAUCCUUCCUUUCUGGAUUCUGCACUGCACCAUGAUCAUCCCUUUAAAGGUGUAUCCUCCCUUUUUCGGCUAUUACUUCUUCAACAGCAUGAUGGUGAUCCUCCAAUGCCUCCACGUAUUUUGGGCCUACCUUAUCAUUCGCAUGGCUCAGAAAUUCAUAACUGGAAAGACAGUGGAGGACGAGCGAAGCGACCGGGACGAAACAGAUUACUCCGUAGAGGAAGAAGAAAAGGCGGUUGCUGCGGACGCCGGGCCCAGCGCGGGAACCAAAAACGGCCCUCUCGCCAACGGGCACCCCGUCUUGAACAAUAACCACCAGAAAGUAGAAUAA